UGUGGCUCUUCACCGUGCGUUAAUGAUGGAACGUGUAUAACUGUCGGGCGCAGUUACCAAUGCGACUGCCGUCGUGGAUUUUAUGGAAGACAGUGCCAGCUUGGUAAGUCGUCAUAAGACUGCAACUACCAUUUGCUGAAUUUUAGAACGCUAUAUAUCAAUAAAUGUGUGUUAAAAAUCCAGACGCAUCGAAAAGAAAGCUCUACAUUUUCACCAAAACAAACGAUUUACCAAAAGUAAGUAAAUAAAUCAAAUAAUGUGUAAUUCACUUCUUAUCUCAGGUUGUGGAUUCCGUGAGUUAGGUCUUAAAGUGCCGAAUACGCGACGAAUUCCAGAUAAAGACAUUACUGCCUCGUCGAGAAAAGUCGAAGGGCGCUCGUCAUACCGUGGACGAAUUGGAGUAGAAAAAUUCGGAUCGUGGGAGGACGGAUGGUGUGCAGCAUCUACAGACACAGCACCCUACAUUCAAGUGUUCUUUGGUAAGCCUUAGUGUAUUAACGCUCCAUCCUAGGUAAAGUGGUGAAAUUUAGGAUGGCUCAUAGGUAAUUGCAAUUCGUCAAGGACAAUCCACCGUCUAAGUAAGCUGUGUUGAAAAAAGUCUUUGUAUAAAUGGAUUAACUCUUUGACGUCUGCCUUGGUCGUUUUGGUCCAUACGGACCCAGCCAUAUUAUUCUUCCUGGACCAAUUUCCAUUUAACCUAUUAAGAAGGUAAUUAGAAGAAUCAGCGAGGAUAGCUCUUUCCGCAGGUACCACAUUUAGCACAUUUUGGCCAAUCCUGACAGAGUUACAGAAAAAAAAAAAAAAACAAAACAAAACAAGCAACAUUUUUGGAAAAAGGUCCACUGCUAAUUUUGCUAUUUACCUAGUACUCUUCAGAUAUUAAUUUUUUCCCUUUUUUGGAAAGAAAGCCGACCAAAAUUUCAUUCAAAGUAAAGACCAUAAAGUGGGCAACAAAACAGGCUGUAAAGAGAAAAGCAAAGGGAAAAGGAGGAGAGCGAGAAAAAAAAAUCGAAAUAGAUUCGCUUAGAUUGGCUUAUAGGCAUGAGCGAAAAACAAAAAAGAGCGGUUUAAUUAGGUCCAAUUAACAGGAUAAUUUGGUCCAAACUGCGAUUUUUCCCCUAAAACUUGGCUGACGGCAAAGUGUCAGCCUUUGGUUGUUGAUAAGGUUAAGGUUUUUUUUUUCCUAUCUUCACCGAAACCAACAAAAAUGUUGAUUGGAGAGACUGUUUAAUAACUGCAUAUUCUUACCAACACUCUUUCUUUAGGAUACCUCACGAAUGUCACCGUCAUUGAAACAGAAGGGGUCAGGGAUGGAGCCACACCUAUGUGGGUUGAAAGCUUUUACGUAUCGACCAGAAACAACUCAGAAACUGAAUCGUUUGUCAACUAUACUGAAGGUGGAAACAUCAGAAUUGUAAGUUUUCUUUAUACAUUUUUCUUUAAAUCUUUAUACCUUGCCUUCUUUUUCAUCCUACGAUAAGAGAAGAAAACAAGACACUCUUUAAUUUAACGCGCUAAUUCAUCGUCACAUUACGUCCCCCAGUGACAUUAAGCCUUGACAAAUGUGGCGUAGCUAUUGCAGCCUGUUCAAAUACGUAAAGGGGAUUCCUUACGUGGUAAAGGUUCGGCAGGAACAAUAUUGAAUAGAAGCCUCGAAGGGACUUUCUCCUUUAUCUACAGCCUCAAUACCUUUUUCACAAACAAAACGACAAACAGCAGUAACAGCUAUGACAAUCUAAGGUUUAUUGUAAUGGUACUAAUAAAUGUUGUCUGAUUUGCAGUUCAGAGCAAAUGAGGAUAUCAAUGGCAGAAACGUUUCUCUCUAUGGAACAAGCGCUCAUUACAUUCGAAUCCACCCAGUCACCUACCAUGGGACAUCACCUUGCUUGCGCAUGGCAAUGUAUGGAUGCGACUCAGGUAAAGUUUCAGAAGAUGACAUGUAAAUAAAAUGUAUAUUUACCACUGUGAACAUAGUCUUGUGGAUUGGCCUAACCUGAUACACAAAUAGAAUCUUUUGUUGGCUGUUUUUUGUUAAUUAUUUUAUUUACUUUUAGAGGACUUUCCUUCACUGGGCGACGUGCUUCAACGCUCCGAUGACGAGCCAAAGGAAAGGUCAUCUUGGUUUGAUACUCGUUACGCAGGCGAGUUAAAGUUUCAGGCUUUGUUGAAUUAGAUUUGCUUGUUUGUUUCUGUUUUGUUCCUUCUUUGUUUUUUAAUUUUUUUUAUUUGUUUUCUUUUUCUUUACGAGUUUCCCUCACCCAUUAGUCCAUUUUACAAGCUAAAGUUGGCCUUGUUUUUUGAUGUAGCCCUUUAUGUUUUGUGAACUGUGAAAGCUUUGAACCCAGGAGUCAUUUCAAAAGUAGGUUGAGUUUGAUCGUCCGAGUGAACGUAGCCUUGAAUAGGACAGUUAUUGUUGACAGUGACUGACGUUUCGACAACCUGUGCGGAAGUCGUCUUCAAAGUCAACGUGAGUUGUAUCACGUCAGUUGAUGGUAUUAUACUCUGGUUAUUGACCUGAUUGGUCAAUUACGUCGCGAUGUUACUGGUCCUCUGUCAGUUAAGCCGUGAUGUUAUUGGCUGUGAAGACUCGUAAUGUAAUUGGUGCGUUUCGAUCCAUCUAUUGUCAUAGUCAAACAGUCGUCUAUUGUUAGUCCGAUUGUCAGUAGUCCAGUCGUCAUUCUGGUAGUUAGUUUUGCUUGAUUUCGUCAAUAAGUCGUUUGUACGGUGGCGGUAACAGCUGACUACGAUUUAAGGGCGUUUAUUCUAAGUUAGUAAACCAGCUUUCUAAAGUGAGUCGUUUUAUUACAUGUUGUUCUUAUGCUAACAAUUUUGUUUAAAGAAUGAUUUCCAUAAGAAACGAAAGGAGCACUUUAUCAACACAAGGUCAACCUCAGCUUCAUGCUAACUAACUCAAAGGCUAGGAUACUAGACUAAGAACUGUAGAAUGGUUAUUCUUUCCUUCGAUGACACUUCGGCGUGGUCCUUCAAAACGAAUCACAGACGUAGUGGUCAAUUGGUUGUGUAACCUCGUCCCUCUACACAUUUUAAGUUUGUUAACAACCAGCGUCACCACACCUAAGAAAAUUAGGUUAAGCUAUUUCUGUUAACCCGGGGCCUAAAUCGUAUAUAUGAAAGCACGCGCUCUGGUAGUGGCGAGCCAAAUGAAGCCUGUUAACCGAGGUGAAUGUAAUAACAUUGUUUCUCUUGCUUCCUUUACAGUUAUACCAGCAGUGAUUUUUAUUGCCCUGCUGACAGCUGCAAUAAUUUUCCUUCUUCGAUCAUGUCGGUACGUAAGUGAAUGUAGCGUGCACGUUAGUCGUGUAAUAGUACAAAGUUUUCAUUUGUGGCUUGUGCCAUGCUUGUUGAUAGGAAACAGAAGCAGUUAUAUUUAGCAAGUCUUUGUCAUUUCUUUAUAAGAAAGUAUAAAAAAAACAAACAAACAAACAAAAAGCUGCUGGUAGGGUCAUUUAUCAACGCCCGCAAAGGAUACAAUGGUACAAGGGCCAUGCACUAAAAUUAUUAAGUUUGCACCCCUUAUAGGGAUCGGUCAAUGGUAUGAACCAUAGAGUGCUUUCCUCGACCGUCUGUUGAAGUUUAUUCAUUUGCAUUCCUUUGUUUAGAAGAAAAUAUGCAGGGAAGCUUAAGGGAUAUUCAGAGCUCGAUGAAGAUGGCAUCUAUGAGAAUAUUCCUAUUGACGCAUCAAUGUUUGAAGUACAGACUGUGGCCAUAGACAUUGGACCUGAAAAAUCAUCAAGUGCUGUAUACGGCAAAGGAGUCUGGAGAGAGACAACUUUCUCUCUAUCUCGACAAGUGCAUCAAUACCACAAUGCCGUAUACGAAGAAAUGGAUAUCGACAAGACCGAAUAUGAGUCGCAGACGCUCAAGGUAGACGUGGGUGCGGACGAAGUUGCGAAAGACGUAUCUUACACAAAGAGUAUUUUACCUGAAGAUACAACCUCUCUUAGCGGAUUAGCAUUUGAGUCGCAGCUAAUGAACGAAAUAUACGACGACCCCUUUCCUGGUUUCUUCUCUACUGAUGCAGAAGAACAGGAAGAGAUUUACGAAGCUCGUUAUCAAAAUCUGGUAAACGAAGAGGACUUUGAAGACGAUUACGAUGAUGUUUUUCCCAAUUUUCCAUCAGAUGAUACCCAUAGAAUGACCUUGGAACUCUCACCCCAAAAAACAGUGUUAGUCGAGGGAAUCUUCUCUGAAGAAAACAAGGUA